CUGUACUUCAAUAAACCUUAAUUGAGCCUAUAAUUAUAAGUGCUCAACAAAGGCUGUCUGCAACUGAAGUAAACAGAGCCACGUAUAUACCUGACGUGUUUGCAAUUUAUUGAGUCAGUGCUCAUCACUAAGCAACUGGUGACCAGUUUUUGAGGCUUCAAGCAGCCAUUAUACCCUCAAUCACUCUGACAGGUGUUCCGAAAUUCAGAAAAUUUACCACUUGAAUUUGCAACAUUUAAGUUGGGCUAUAAAAGAGAAUGACUGGAUGAGGCAAGUAUCUCUGCAGAUACUAUAUCCAACUUCUCCUCAUCCUUAAUAACAAGCUUCAACCAAUAAUUAUGACUAGUUCGACUGCAAAGCCUGAUGUUAUCCUGUAUGAGCAUGAUUUCAAAGGCCAGACCCUUCCCCUUUCCAAGGCUACCCCCAACUUCGUUCCUCUCAACUUCAACGACAAAGCCUCCUCUGUUGAGGUAGUAAGCGGUGUGUGGACUGUCUACCAGCAUGUCAACUACGAAGGGAGAAGGCUCACCCUGGGAGUGGGAAAGUACGACUAUGAAUUCAUCUCGAAGAGAAUUGGAAAUGAUGUAAUUUCCUCUGCUAGGCCUGCUGAGAUAAUCCUGUAUCAGCAUGCCCAGUUCCAAGGGAAAAUUCUGAAUUUAUACGAUGACACUCAAAGCUUGGUUCCGCUGGGUUUUAACGACAUUGUGUCUUCUAUUGAGGUCACCUUUGGCGAAUGGUCAGUGUACGAACACGUCAACUACCAAGGAGUGCGACUCGAUUUGAAUGUCGGGAAAUACGACAUCGACUACAUAACCAAGAAUAUGGGAAACGAUGUCAUCUCUUCUGUGAAACUGAGAGUUCCUGAUAUUAUCUUGUACGAACAUGCUGAAUACAAGGGCCAGACUCUUCCCCUAACAGAAGCUACCCCUAACUUUGUUCCUCUCGGCUUUAACGACAAAGCCUCCUCCAUUGAGGUCACAAGUGGAAAGUGGACUGUCUACCAGGAUGUGGACUACAAAGGGAACAGCCUCACUUUAGGAGAGGGAAAGUACGAUUUCAGUUUCAUCUCAGGAAAAAUCGGAAAUGAUGUAAUUUCUUCUGCUAGGCCUGCCGAAAUAACACUGUUUGAGCAUGCUAAAUUCGAUGGAAAACGCAUGAAAUUGUCUAAAGAUACUCCAAGUUUGGUUCCGCUAGGUUUUAACGACAUUGUGUCCUCCAUUGAAGUCACAUUUGGUGAAUGGAAGGUGUAUGAGCACGUCAACUACCAAGGAAAGAGUCUCCUUCUGAAAGUUGGUAGGUAUGACAUUGACUACAUCAAGAAGAAUCUAGGAAACGAUGUAAUCUCCUCUGUAAAGCUUGCUUGAAAAGAACACUUACACACUACAGCUUAGCUUACAAGAACAAUACCAGUAUGCAGUGUAUCCAGUCUAUAGAGAGUAGAAUACACAUAAUAUUUAUGGAGUAGUUGUACUUAAAAUGUAUCUUAAGAUUGGAACAUUUCUGCUGAUACCAUUGUGUAGGUAAAUGAAUAAGCUACAACAUAUAUAAUUAUUUCCUCAAAGUUG